UUUUAAAAUUAAUAAAAAAUCUAAAAAAUUAAAAAAUUUCAAAAAAGUUCACUUUUUAGAAUUUUGCUAAUGUGAGUUGUAAAUGAAACGCGCUGCCAUCUUUCUUUUCAAUCCAGCCUCGUGGAAUCAUCAAAAUGAAAGCUAAAGGAGAGUUGAAGGAAUACCAAGUCAUCGGGCGCAAAUUGCCCUCGGAGAAGGAGCCAAAUCCUCCAUUGUUCAAAAUGAACUUGUUCGCACCCGACAAGAUCGUUGCGAAAUCCCGUUUCUGGUAUUUCUUGCGUCAAUUGCGUAAAUUCAAGAAGGCUACCGGCGAGAUUGUUCAAGUUAAGCGUGUUUUCGAGAAGACUCCCUUGAAAAUCAAGAACUUUGGCAUCUGGUUGCGUUAUGACUCGCGUUCCGGCACACAUAACAUGUACCGCGAAUACCGUGACUUGUCCAUUGGAGGCGCCGUAACACAAUGCUAUCGUGACAUGGCUUCACGUCAUCGUGCUCGUGCCCAUUCAAUCCAAGUCAUCAAAGUCGAACCCGUGGUUGCUUCAAAGACACGUCGUGUGCAAAUCAAGCAAUUCCACGAUUCCAAAAUCAAAUUCCCGCUCACGAGACGCUACGAUCACAAGCGUUUCAGAAAGACCUUCUCAUUGCGCCGACCAACAACCUAUUUCGGAUAAGCAGCAACAACCUCUGGCAAGGAUACGAUUUUUUUUGUUACGGAUCGUAUUGUGACAUGAAAAAUGAUGAAAGGGAAAUAAAAGAGAACAGAUUUUCCAAAAACAGUACAUAAA